ACUUGAGCGCACAGACUCUAUAGGAUACGCUAUUAAAAACUACUCUUCCCAGAGAAACAAACAAGCGAGCGAUAGCCAUUGGACGAUCUCUGGAUAAAAUCUAUAUUCCUGGACAAUCCGAUCGCGCUCUUGACGCGCUCUUACACGCGCGCACAUGCAUCGCAUCGUUAUGAGCAUGCAAAACGUAUAUGAUGUUGCGUUUCCAUCUCCACCUAUUCUCGGAGCCGACACGGAAAGGCGUUUCUUCUUGUGUGAAGUGUCUGUUUUACCGCAAUGGUAUUUCAGUAGCUCUCCAGUUCCACACGAGAGCUACUGACCCUAGAGAAAAGGGUGGUGCCGCGCACUGACACAGUCCAUGCGCGUUCACGCGUUUAUCUGGAGCCGACUGAGCAGACAAGAACCGAGCAGAGCAGGUGUGCGCUUCUAGUGCUGGAUUCAGACCUCCUCUCUGUCAUCUCUGACUUUGAUGGACUUACAUGCGGCGCGUUAGUGCGUAACUACGGGCUCUUGGUUCUGGUGGAUGACUUCAUAUGCGUGUUUAUUGCUCAGGGUGAAAGUGUCCUUCUUCAGAAUACAGUUGGGUGGAGAUCUUCAUCAUGAACACAGGUAGUGAAUCUCAGUCAUCAGACUCAGAUGCCUGGCGUUCACGUAGUGUGUCUGAGGAUUUGAGGAAUGGAGAUGCCAGCAGCUCUUCCUUGACUGCUAAAGGCUUUCGUAGUGUCAGACCCAACCUGCAGGACAAGAAAUCACCCACACCGGUCCCUCUACCACCCCCUCGGAGAGAGAGCUAUCAUGUGAUUCCUAACCCCCCCUCUUACAGCACCCUCCCAAUGCUGUUAGGCUCCUCUCUCUCUCCCUCAAAGAGUGAUGAUAUUGUUACCACAGGCUCUUACACCAUCAAACCUAGUGCCACCUCCUCAUCCUCAUCCUCCUACUCCUACUCCAAGACCACCCGAACCUCAACUACCACCUCUGGUGCUCCCCUUGAGGAGCCCCCCCUCUUCCAACAGGCUAAUGCUAACAAUUUCAUCACUCGGAUUCUGGAAAGCAAAUUGUCCUCAGCAAAAUUCACCACUGACCACCUUAAUGCAAACUCACAGGCUAAUGCUAACAAGCUUAUAAUAAAUAAAUCUGACCCUAAAUCUAAAACUAAGCCAUUCACGAAAAGUACAUGUGCUAGUUCACUCCCCACUCCUCCACAGCAAGACUCCAUUGGCACUUCAGAAACACACAUAGCAUCUCUCUCCAUCCAGUUAGCUCCCCGCAGUCCCGAACCCGUACCCCAACCACAGACCCAGUCAAGGCAUGAGACUGAAUCCAGGACAAAUUCACUGGACCAAGCUGACUCCACGCAACCCCCUCUUGUACCACCAAGACCAGCAGGCAUUGUGGUGCGUGAGGUUUCCCCAGUAAGAAGGUGCACCGGAUCACUCUCCUCUGGACUGCCCUCUCCAGACCCGUCGCCACAUCGGUCACCCUAUAGCAGGGCCAGUCAGGACUCCCCUGACUUCCUUUCAGGGCAAUUGCACAAGGCCCUCUCGCCAAAACCCUACGCCCCUCUGGAACGUUCUGAGCUAAUGUCUGCCUCUCCUGCCCUGUCACCAGUAACCGUGUCAGCGCUGAGCCAUUAUUCAUCAUCCACGGUUGGGCUGGAGGAGCUGCAGAUCUGCGGCAUUGACUCCUCCCCCGCGGCCACGCCCACCCCAUCCCCCACACUCAGUCACGCCUCCAAUGCCCCUGACGAGGUCCCCAACUUUGCUGCCACAGGCACUAACGGUCAGAUGGCAAUGAACGGAAGCUCUCACUCUCAAAGACCCUUUUCUCCACCUACAUACCCACCUCCUCCCCCAACCCUAAGCCCAGGCCUGGUAAAGUUCCAGCAGGCUCAAAGUUCAGAGGGUUCAGAGACAAUGAAGAGAGAAACUGUGGUCUCUGGUCAGACAGUGAUCAGUAGUUCUGUGCCCAUUGCUCGUUUCUCAGAGGAAGAGAAGAAGGUGUCCAUCAUAAAAGCACCCCAUUACGAAGGCAUCGGACCUGUGGAUGAGUCAGGCAUUCCCAUCGCCAUCCGUACGACUGUGGACAGACCCAAAGACUGGUACAAGACCAUGUUCAAACAGAUCCACAUGGUUCAUAAACCAGAUGAUGACUAUGCAGACACUUAUAAUGCCACAUAUGCCGUCAUAAACAACGACAACAACACCACUGUCCUUGUCCACCCUCCCCCUCGAACACACACCUACCGGCCUCUUUCCAGAAAUACCUCAGAAACUCCAGAUGGUGCUGCCCAUAGGGAGCUCUCACCAUCACCUGUGCCCCCACCACCCCCUCCAAUGCCCUCACUCCUCCAGCUCCGCUCGCGAGACAUGGACAAAGAGAAGGAGCUUUCACACGACCCAAAUGAGUGGGGUCCUUCAGAUCGUAAAGUGGACACGCGUAAAUACCGGGCAGAGCCACGGAGCAUCUUUGAGUAUGAACCAGGCAAAUCCUCCAUUCUUGAGCAGGAAAGGCCAACGUUUGAUUUAAACCCAGAUGACAUAGAUUUAGAGAACGAGCCUUGGUUUAAAUUCUUUUCCGAGUUGGAGUUUGGACGGCCGCCUCCUAAAAAGAGGCUGGAUUAUAAUCCUGACUACUCCACACAUGCUGUGGCGCAGUCAUCCCUCAAUCUCUCGUCUGCCGAACGGCCUGACAGGCCCUCAAGUCCUGCAAGUGACUAUAGGAAAAGACGAAAGUCAGAGCCAUCUGUCACUCAAGCCAACACAGGAAGUGAACAGAAUGUCCGCCCUCUGGACUCACAUAAAGCACAUACACUGAAGAAGCCUACCAUACGUUCCUCCCCCUCCUCACCUUCCAGAGUCAAAGAUCAGGGCUCUGAUACAGGUCGUCUCACACCACAGAGCAGAAGACCCACACCAGAAAAAGAGAAACAGUCUGCCAGGGCUAUUUAUGAUUUUAAAGCUCAGUCUGCCAAGGAACUUUCUUUUAAGAAAGGUGAUGCAGUGAACAUCAUCAGACAAAUUGACAGUAACUGGUAUGAAGGCGAACACAGAGGACGGAUUGGGAUUUUCCCCAUCUCAUAUGUGGAGGUGGCAUCCCCAGAGCGGAGGCAGCCAGUCAGGCCUCCUCCCCCAGCUCAGGUUCAAGAGAUGGGUGAGGCCAUAGCGCGAUACAACUUUAAUGCUGACACUAAUGUGGAGCUUUCGUUAAGAAAGGGGGAGCGAGUGAUUCUGUUAAGGAAGGUGGAUCAGAAUUGGUAUGAAGGAAAGAUUCCUGGCUCAAACAAGCAGGGCAUAUUCCCUAUGUCCUAUGUCAAUGUGAUCAAGGGCUCUCCAACCAAGAGCCCCAGUCACCAAGGAGACACGCACACAAACAAGGCACAGAAGAAAAUGAUGCAGGAUGCUGUGCAUGCAGGUAGUGACCCGUUUCAAGCUGUGUACAACUAUGUGCCUCGUAACGAGGAUGAGCUGGAGCUGAGGGAAGGGGAUGCUGUUGAUGUCAUCGAGAAAUGUGAUGAUGGCUGGUUUGUUGGUACUUCUCGAAGAACCAAGUUAUUUGGAACGUUCCCAGGAAACUAUGUUAAACCGCUUUAACAAAGAGGAAACAAUGGCACAAAAACGGCCACUCCAGUGCCUACUGUGUAGGGCCAAUGUGGCACCUCACCAUUGAGAAAGUGUGUGUGUCUAUACGUUUGUAUGUGUGUGUUCAGCUCUGCAAUUUCUGCGCAGAAAAACCACUGACAAUUAUUUUACUUUGAGCACUUUGAUUUUGUGCCAUCACACAUUCUCCUUGCUGUUUCUUCAUCUGCUAUUCUGACAACAGCACAAUUGUUAAUGUUUUACCUACUGUUUAGGCAUUACAGUAUGUUAUUUUCCAGGAUGAGGUAGCUCAGAGUUAGGAAGGUAAUAAUACACACAGUCAUGGUAUUGAGGGAGGUCAUCAGAUCAGUAAAUAUAUGAUGCUGAGUAGAGAGCUCAGACAUCAGUGUUAGACUAAGUAUGUAUGUACCAGUAUAUUUUGUGUGUGUGUGUGUGUGUGUGUGUGUGUGUGUGUGUGUGUGUGUGUGUGUGUGUGUGUCUGUGUGAGCGUGUAUUUAUCACUUUGUGGGGACCAAAUGUCCCCAUAAGGAUAGUAAAACCCGAAAUUUUUGACCUUGUGGGGACAUUUUGUCGGUCCCCAUGAGGAAAACAGCUUAUAAAUCAUACUAAAUUAUGUUUUUUGAAAAUGUAAAAAUGCAGAAUGUUUUCUGUGAGGGUUAGGUUUAGGGGUAGGGUUAGGUUUAGGGGAUAGAAUAUAAAGUUUGUACAGUAUAAAAACCAUUAUGUCUAUGGAAAGUCCCCAUAAAACAUGGAAACACAACAUGUGUGUGUGUGUGUGUGUGUGUGUGUGUGUGUGUGUGUGUGUGUGUGUGUGUGUGAGCGUGUAUUUAUCACUUUGUGGGGACCAAAUGUCCCCAUAAGGAUAGUAAAACCCGAAAUUUUUGACCUUGUGGGGACAUUUUGUCGGUCCCCAUGAGGAAAACAGCUCAUAAAUCAUACUAAAUUAUGUUUUUUGAAAAUGUAAAAAUGCAGAAAGUUUUCUGUGAGGGUUAGGUUUAGGGGUAGGGUUAGGUUUAGGGGAUAGAAUAUAAAGUUUGUACAGUAUAAAAACCAUUAUGUCUAUGGAAAGUCCCCAUAAAACAUGGAAACACAACGUGUGUGUGUGUGUGUGUGUGUGUGUGUGUGUGUGUGUGGAGUAAUAGUAUUAAGGUUAAUAGCAAUAGAGAUCACUGAUAAGAUAGAUGAGAAUAGAUCAUUUUAUUUAAAUGAACUUACUUAUUUUACUGACAUGUCCAUUCCCCUUGUGUAAUACACAGAGUUUGCUCUUGUGUGGCCAAAAUUGGAAAGUGUUAAUACAUAAUGGAUAGGAACAGAGGUAACUGUAAGUAAAUUAUACUUUUUCCAUAAAAAAAAAAAAAAA